AGUUUUUAAUCUCAUAAUAAUGCAAUAGAUUUUUAUAUAUUUUGCUAAAAUAUUCUUAAAAUGGAAAAUCUGAUUUCGCCGAAAAAUGAUCCGUCUAGUGAUGUUGAUCCUAUUAGUGAUGCAAAAUUAGAAGUAUCGGAACAAAAAUUAGAAGAUACAAUUGAUAAUCUGCCAUUAAGUGAUGUAGAAACAUUUACAAAAAUUGAAGACAUUGGCAACGCGAGUGGAGUAAGUGCUUGCAUUGCUGGCAAUGAAACCACAUUUGAAGAAAAUGAUUCUAUUGCUAAUAGAGAAGUCUUACUUCUUGAUAAUUAUAAUGAAGCAAGGACUGAUGUGGUAUUCGUAAAAGAAUGUACUCCUAUCGAAAAUAGCAAAAUUAUUGAAAUCGAAUUAUUGAAUUUGCCGAAGGAAACUCAAUAUAACCGUAACAAAGGUGCUAUACCAAAAACCACAAUAAGUAUGUACAAAAAAAAUAAGAAGGCAAAGAAAUCCGAAAAGGAGUUUCGUACACUGUUCGAUAAAAGUCGUGAUCACUCCAGCAAAGAUUCUAGUUCUGAUGAAGCCAUUACAAUAGUAGCAACCGGAAAAGCCAAACCUGAUAACAGUUUUGAAAUUGAAGGUGUAAAGCUUAAUCCGAACAAAGGGAAUAAUGAAGUAGAAGUACUCGAAACCGCAACAUCUUAUUUGAUGGAUUCAGAUCUUGAUGAAACUGAACUGGUUUACUUUCCAGGUAAUUUAAAUGCUUACGAUUCUCAAAACGUAUCCAAUUUGGAUGUGGAGAAGGUACCACCUACAUUGUCAUCGUCGGUUACGAUUAAGAGUUCUUAUGCAGAUGUUUCUGAUAGCAGUAGCACAGAUGAUGAAUCAUAUACCUUGCUAAGUAUAUUAUUUCGAAAUCGUUUGAAAACUAUAGAAAAGCAAUUUGAAAGUAUAGACGAAUAUAUCGGUAGCGCAGAUAUUUUAGAAACAACCCGAAAAAGUGACUUAGAGUUUAUUUUUAAAAAGAUGAAGUUUGACAUACAGUCCUUGGAAAAUUAUUUGUUUAAUCCGAAUUUACAUAUAACAAAACCAAAAAUUAAAACUCUUCAAAUUCAGCUCCGUAAAAUUUUAGCAUUGAAUAUAGGACUCCGUGGUAAAGUGUACGUGAAACGUAAUACAAUUACCUACGCCCUAAAGCAGCUUGAUAUUGCAGCAAAACAACCCAAAACCCCCUCUGAAGACAAUAAUUGGACUAUGACAAAUAUGAAAAAUAUACAUAUUUUUUUUCGAAGGGAAGAAGUUUGUGAUAAAGACAUCAGUUUCUGCAAAAUGAAAACAACUCUUAUUGAAAUUCAUGGCAAUCCAAAUUCACUAUAUCUCAAAAAUUUUUCUGAUUCCAUGAUUAUAUGCGGACCAGUCACUGGAACAAUAUUUUUGGAGGAUUGUAUAGAAUCAAUUCUUGUAGUUGCAUGUAAACAGAUACGCGUAAAGGAUUCAGAGGUCUGCUAUUUAUAUUCGCAUGUGUCAAAUUAUAUAGCACUAGAAAAUUCAAGACGAAUUAUGAUUGGAGUGUAUGAAAACGACUACCCGCGCAUUGAUGUGGACAUUAGUAAUGCUUCUCUAAAUAUGGAAUCAAAUAACAAUACCAAUGUCGACGACUUCGGUUGGAAUACUGAAACUUUUGGGCAAUCUACGAAUUGGAGUAUGUUGGAAUACAAUGAGGCGCCGACCAUAAAGGAAAUGAAAAUGAAAAUAUUAAAUAAUAUUAAACUUAAAAUAAAGGAUCUUGAAGAUCAAUUUUGAUGUUAUACUGAAAUUGAAUUUAAAAUUUUUGUAAAGGAAUUUAA